UCAGCGCUCAGAUGCGAACUGCUCGACGCUCAUUGGUUCGUUAAGGAGGAAGAUGCUAAGUCCGCCGUGAACAGACUAAGGACCUUCCGAAUGAUCCCGGAGAUUUGAUCAAUUACCCGAAAAUCCGGACGUUUCCGCGCAUUUUAUGACGUCUGUGCUGGACUUUUAAUUGAACUGAUUUUUUUUGCUUUUGUUUUUGUGCUUUCGGAUCUUCUGACGGUAUGUGGGCCCGAUUCGUGUCUUUAAGGACACACCUUACACAAUGUAGUUUGGUGUUUAUUGUUAAUUAAGCAGCAGUCUGAGGCUCGAUCAGCUGCUCUUUCUGCAGGUGCUGCUGUGUAGACGAUGCACAAGCGAUGUCUGAUGUGGAGGCCGCGUACGCAGACUUCAUCGCCUCGGGCAGGACGGGCCGCAGGAACGCGCUGCACGACAUCCUGCAGAGUCCCACCGACGCAGAGGGGGGCCAGCUGCCCCUCAGCCUGUCCCUGUCCCGCCUGCACAUCAAUGCAGGAGGAGCAGAUGCAGACAGUAUGGAGGACGAGCAGAGCUCCUCGUUUUCGGCCCAGAGAGAGGCAGAGCAGAGGAACAGCUAACCUGCCCCGCCAUUCGCCCGGCGGAGCGGCAGGACGGCUGACAAAAAGUGCCGCGGUGAAUUCCUGCGUUCAAACCUCACAGCUGAAGGAUAGAGCCGACACUGCUCAUACGCCUUUGAGCAAAACCAUCUGUUCUUCCAGGUCUCUAGAAUAGUGUGACCGCUCACUUCUGUGUCCCUGAGGUUACACGGCAACACUGAACGACAAGAAGGUCGUUUUUUUCCAAGCAGAUUCUGCGUUCAGUCUUUGUCGCCAAAGACACAGAAUGAGCAAAGAAAAGAGGAAACGAGGCUCCUGGUAGUUCCGAUAAGUAGAAGGAGUGGGUCUCAGUAGGAGGAGGGUGUUUUGUAGACAUAGUGACACUGAAAAGGACUGGAUUGCCACUUUCUGGCUUGUGCUUCCUUAAACUGAAGAUGCUGCAAUAGAAGAAAAAAAGGAGAAUCUGGAAGCUUCGUAGAUUCACUGAUUUGUAUAAAAACUGAGUGAAGCCCUAGGCUGCUGAUACCAACACUAUACCCAACGCUUGGAGGGGAAAUAAAGGGAUUUAUUAUCUUUUAGAAGCUUUUUUAAAAACAACUUCUGACAUAAUAACCAUAGAAGAGCAGAUUGCUACUAUGAAGAUCACAUGGUUUUUUAAAUAAAUGACUAUACUUGCUUUUCAGCUAAGAAAAAAAGCAGAUACUUGCUUUGUCUGGUCUAAAAAAAGAAGGGGAAAAAAACUGGAGACCAAAUUAAAUCAAAUAGAUUUGUUUUUGACACUUUAACCUUUAAAACCCACUCUGAUCAUCUUUUGAUCUAUUAUAAAAGUCUUCCCAUUAUUUUGCCACAUUUGUUGUUUCCUAGGACAUAGUUUCUGCAGCGCGGCAGUAGUUCAUUAAAAAAUGGUCUCUCAGUAGUGGGUGGGAAACCCCGCCCCCCCUUCCUAUCUAUGUUUUAGAAUGGAGCCUAGCAUGGAGCUUGUGUACCACACAGCAUAUCACAAAUACCCUCUUUAUUUUUUCAACUGCAUCUUUUCUUCUGCUCCUGAGGAUCUGUUAUAACAAGUUUGAAGGGAUUAAAAAAAAAAAAAAAACAACCACAGAAUGUU